AUGGAGCAAUUAUAUUCCAUUAUAUCACAGCGGACGCGUUUAAGAACACACCUAACAGGGGGUUGUGCAGAUCCGUCGUCGUCCCUGCUUCGUGGUCCACCUCCAGAUGCCCUGGCACCCUCAACUUCACCGCCGCCCCGCCCAUCUCCCCGGCCUUCAUCGUCUCCCAGCCCCACCCCGUGUACGCCCACGCCCCAUGGACUCUGCAGGUGGGCGGCUGCGGUCAACCAGGCAGGAAUAUUUUCUUCACGCCGCGCUACCGUGGCUGAGACCAACUACACGGAGGCUUUGGGUGAUCCAGGUCGCGUGGUGGUGCACGAAUGGGCGAAAUACCGAUGGGGUGUCUAUGAGGAAUUCGGCCAUCCAGGAGACCCUCUGUAUCCAGCUUUCCACCGCACUCCCACGAAUCCACACACUCCGACUGGCUGCUCAAACAUCCCUGUUCAAGGAUCUAUGGCGUCAUGUGACAACCCUCGCGACCCGUCAUGCAGAUUUUCCCCGAGUUACAACAACAACGACGGCGUGACGUCAUCGCUCAUGUACAUGCACCACCUGCCUCACGUCACGCACUUCUGCUCCAACGCGUCGCAUGACACCACGGCGCCCAACCGACAGAACGCCCUCUGCCAGCACCGCUCCGUGUGGGACGUCAUUCUCGACCACGAGGACUUCGCCGGCGGAAACAACCCACCUGGCGACAACACCCGUGACGUCACACCCAAGUUCACCUUCAUCCAGCCGGUUCCCACGCGUUACGUCAUCGUCGUGGAGGACACGGCCAUAAUGAACAUUCAGAAACGCUGGGAAUUCCUACGCAAGGCUGUACGCAAGCUCCUUGUUUACGACGUCCCAGCUGGUUCGAAGGUGGGCGUGGUGCUCUUCGACCAGACCGCCCGCACGAUGCUCCCCCUCACGACCACGCCCGAGACCCUGGACGAACGACAGCGGCUGGCCACCUCCUCCCUUCCCAGGAACCCUUCGAGGAUCGCCCAGAGUCAGAAGUGCAUCAUCUGCGGGCUUCAGGAGGCUGUGCGGAUGCUCGAGGGGGACAUCGACCAGCGCAGUGCCUUGGGCGGGGUCAUUUUCCUCAUCACCUCAGGCUCGCCCAUACCCCUCGUGCCCUUCGACGUCGAGCAGCUGGGCACGGUGGUGACGCAGAGGGGCGCCAGGGUCGUGCCCAUCAUCUACCCUGUGACGGACCGGAACCCGCAGCCCUCGCCCGGGGUGGAGGUGCUCGCCCACCUGUCGGGAACCCAGUCCUUCGCUGUACUCGACGAAGGAAUUGGAAGUGACAGCAAGGUCUCCAUGAUGGUGGCUCUUAUGGAUGCUCUCUAUGCGGCCAUUAGGCUCUUUAUUCUGGACUCGGACUCCCUGCCUCUCGUCGUCCACAAGAAGGAAUUCCCGGGUGGGAUUGGCAGCAUUUCGCAAGGGUCAUUUACCGUCGACAAAAGUCUCGGAGGAGAGGUCAAGUUUACCCUCAUCUAUUACGACCUAGGUCACGUGGGCAACAUGAUUAACCUCAUUGACCCUCAUGGUAUGGCCAAGGAGACGUUCAAUCUCCAGGAAGAGGAUGGAGAUGUCAACAUGAUCUUUGUCACCAUUACCAAUGCUAUGGCGGGCGAGUGGCACUACCGCGUGGAGAACAGAGCCGACAGCCACCAGAGCCUCUUCACCCGCGUCCUGGCCACGCCUCGCGCCCCCAACUCCACGUCUACCUCUUCGAUGGGGCACAGCGACAGGAACUCCCACGCGAUCACACUCACGGCCUGGUCCUCCAGCUCAGCCACGGUCGUCAACAUUUCGGAUGUUAGCAAGCCGGUGAUUGUUUAUGCUAAGCUGUGGUGUGGAAGCUCCCCGGUAGUCGGCGCUCAUGUCGAGGCUUCCCUCCAGCGCCUCGGGGUCAACGGAACAGGAAAUCGCUACGGCCCGAUCACCUUCAGGCUUCUCGACAAUGGGAAUGGAGACGCCGACCUGACCCGUAGCGAUGGUAUCUAUUCCCGCUACUUGCCAGCCAUUCCCGCUGAUUCCGGCCGCUACGCCCUCUCCGUCACCGCUACAGACAACUCGGGCACAGCGCAGGUGAUUACGUCUUCCCGGCCUCCACCUUCAUCUCGCCCACGUGUUUACUCCCGGAAUCAUGUGCCGUAUUCGGGACAAAUCACGGCUGUUGGGACGCAGUACACGAGGGCGAGGACCUUUAACCCAGACUGGCAGAGAUGCUGCGGUUCGAUCGUGCCCUACACCACCGCCCGCGAGACAGGACAGCUCUCCCGCACCGUCACCGUAGGCCUUGUGGACAUCGUGGGCGGCGGCAGGAACCUGUCUCACGUCCCGCCCUCGCGUAUCGCCGACUUCCGGGCGGAGAUCAACCCGGCGUCACAGCAGAUCACCUUCACCUGGACUUCGCCUGGAGAGUGGAGGGAUUAUGGAACGGUGAUGCAGUACGAGGUGGUGUUCUCCCGCGACGCCGCCGCCACCGGCCAGGGCGUCGGCGAGUUCG